AUUGCCAUCAGUAUUACUACAGUACUGCGGUCAACUUUAGUGAAAAUAUAGUCUCUAUCACGCACUCAGCAAGGUCUUUUUCAUCCAGUGUGCAAUGCGUGACAGCUUUCUGUUCUUUGUGAGACACGACCUGCAUCGUUUCUGACGCGGCAAGCGUCUCAGACCCGCAACAGUAAAGUGCAAAAACCUCCAAUCGCAUUGGUUUCUGCAUAUUUGAGAACCAUAUCAAGAAAUGAAGAGGAAUGAUCGAGCUUCUUGACUUGUAUCCACUUUUCAGUCUUUCGAAAACAGCUAGCUUAUCCAUUGCGCAGGUGUCGCUCAUUUCUACUUCGAUAUAUAUGCACAUGGCAAGGUUAUCGUUGCCCCUACAUAUCAGAUGCAUGAAUAUUGGGGGAUCCGCAAAAUUGACUUGUUAUACUGGGGCUUUCUCACACCACAAAAGAAUAUCAGAGCAUGAAAACGUAUACGGAAAAGAUAUGCAACUUUUUGUAUACCGAGCCGAAACUUUGGCCACCUGUUCAGUACAAGGUGUUGCUCGUGGAUCCAUAAGCACUUCGGUCUGCCUUCCUAGAAAACCCAGCCUGAUUGCGCGUUACUUCGGCCUAUAUUAUGCAUGGGGGCCACCAGUGACUCUAUAUUGCUCUCGAGCUCCGAGUUUGCCAUGGAAACCUCGCUUCACCGGUCUUCCAAAGCUGUUAACACAGCCGCCUCUCUGAGAACCGCGCCGGCUGUACCCUACGCCAUGUAUGCGGUGUAUGACGAGAACUUUUCAGCUCAGCCACUGCGCUAUUAUUUCCCUGUUUUGUGCUCUUUCUUUCCACAUAACAUUGAAGCGAUCAAAAAGAACGGCAGGGUUUGCCUUGCCACCCU